UUCCAGGUUCUUCUCCGCUUCAUGAUUCUGAAUAGAGACAAUUCACUGCCACUCGAAUCAUGCGCAGUUAAUGAGUCUGGGGUCCGAACCGGCUCUCAUAUACAAACUACGUCCGCACAAUGUCGGGCAAACGUCUGUUGGACGUGAUUCAAUUGUGCAAUGUCGCCGGUACAGUGGCGGCGAGACAUCUCGCUAUCCGCCAACGUCAAAUAGAUAUAUUCACUCGCACUUCUUCUCUCACCAAAGGGAUCAAAAGCCAAGUGGAUGGCCUUUGCUUGUCGGCUCAAGCUGCAGCCGCGCUGGCUAGACGAUUCAACGAACCCGAACCCUCUCCUCCGUCCGAUAUAUCGAGUCACGCAGAGCCGACCUCGAACGGCACCAGCAGUGCAACGACUGAUCUCUCUCCCGCUCAGGCGAGGCAAGCACAACGCCAGGCCGAAGCCCAGAUUCCUUCAACCGUGGCGGAUCAUAAUGGAAGUGGACCGGCUAGUCCAUUGAAUGUCAGUCAGCAGCAGGAUGUAUUUUACGAGCCUUCUAAACAUUCAACGGCGGGCGAGUCGGGCCUUCCCCGGAUGAAACUUCCCAAGACCGCGAACGAUACGCAAGUCGGCGCCGAUAGUGAGAUCAAUGCGGAUGUCUUUUAUUCGCCAGUGAAGACUGCGCCGAUGGAUCAGUCUUCCACCACUGAUACGACCGAACAGAGCGAGAUUCCAGAAGAGAUGAUGAAGGAUAUCUUCCAUAGUCCCAGGGUCGCAAGGAUGAUGUCUCGGAAGCCAGCCGUAGAUUUGCGGUAUCGGCAGACAGGCACAGUGUCUCGGGCAGAGGAUGCAAGGCAAGUUGAACAAGAGAAAGAAGCUCGUGUUGUUGGGGAGAUGGUCGCAGAAGCGGCCGCGGCGACAGAACCAGAAACUGCCGCUGCUUUGAAAAAUUCAAACACAUACAAGAUGGUUGAGUCUCGCGUGCCGUCAUCUCGCAUUGGCAGAUUAUGGCAGUACGGCGGAUUGGCCACUUCCAUGGCCUGGGGUGCCAUGGGUGAGGGUCUCCGCAGGGUUACCGGUAGUCAAGCCGAACCGUCUGGAUCCCUUAUGUUCAGUGCUGGCAACAUGGAGCGGCUUGUCGCUAAAUUAUCCAAGAUGCGCGGAGCGGCUCUCAAGUUGGGACAAAUGAUGAGCAUUCAAGACACAAAGAUGCUUCCUGAAGCUAUCCAUCAGGUCCUUCAGCGCGUUCAAGACCGAGCAGACUAUAUGCCUGCCUCUCAACGCGACAAGGUGCUAAUCGAGAACCUUGGUCCUGAUUGGCGCGAUCUAUUCUCUUCCUUCGAUGACAUGCCCAUGGCCGCCGCCUCUAUUGGACAAGUGCACUCGGCCGUUCUGAAACGUACCGGUCAACCUGUGGCUGUCAAAAUUCAAUACCCCGGAGUAGCCGACUCUAUUGACUCCGACCUUAACAACCUCUCCAUUCUACUAACAGCAUCUCGCCUCCUCCCUCGAGGUCUCUACCUCGACAAGACCAUUGAGAACGCCCGUACCGAACUCGCAUGGGAAUGCGACUACAUCCGCGAGGCCGAAUCAGCGAACCGCUUUCGUGAGCUCCUCCGCGACGACCCAGUCUUCCUUGUCCCUGAGAUUAUCCCCGAAGCGUCUGGCAAGCAGGUGCUCACCAUGGAACGCUUGGAGGGUGUUGCUGUGACCAAGAUCCAGGACUUCACGCAGGCCCAGCGCGACUGGAUCGGCACGCAAAUCAUGCGCCUCUGCCUCCGCGAGAUCACCGAGUUUCGAUACAUGCAGACGGACCCGAACUGGACCAAUUUCCUCUAUAACGCACGCACCGACCGCCUUGAGCUCCUGGACUUUGGCGCAUCGCGCGAGUACCCGACCGAGUUCAUCACCAAGUACGUCCGCACCCUCGUCGCCGCCUCUAGCAACGAUCGAGAGGCUUGCCGCUGCUUCUCGCUCGAUCUGGGCUACUUGACCGGUCAUGAAAGUCAGGAGAUGGUGGAUGCUCACGUCACCUCCGUCAUCACCAUUGCCGAGCCCUUCAUGGAGAGCUCACCCGAUGUCUACGACUUCCGCGAUCAGACGAUCACCGAUCGAGUGCGCGCCUUGAUCCCUGUCAUGAUUCGCGAAAGGCUCACCCCGCCGCCAGAGGAGACGUACAGUUUACAUCGGAAGCUGAGCGGCGCGUUCUUGCUCUGCGCUCGUUUGGGAAGCAGGGUUCCUUGCAAGGAGUUGUUCAGGGAAGCAAUCCGGAGGGCAGACGAGAAGGGAUUAAAUUGACGAAUCGUAAAGAGUGACCGAACAUUGUUGUUCCCUUUCGAAUGAUGGGCCCUAGAAAUGGAUAAGCCGGGACAGGAGAUCUCGACUUUUGUAUAUUAGGAAUGAUGUUGUUGUAUGAAUACUGGACAUGAGUUUGGCACGUCUCAUUCCCCGCAAUGGAAAUAGCAUCUUUAC